GCACAAUUUCGUAUCGGUCGAGCGCUUACAUCAGUAGCCGAUGUCAAUGGGAAAAGUUCAAUAAAAAUUUCCUCCCGCGAUAGAUUUUGAUAACAGGAAAAUAAGUCACUGAAAGCGAAUAUAUAGAGUGUGUGUGUGUUGUGUGUCGGUAUUAUGGCAAAAGAAAAGUUUGAGCUGGCAAAAAUUGAAAAACAAAAUGGAUUUAAUGUGAAAAAGGAUGAAAAACGCGAAGAAGAAGGGGUAAACUAUACUGCCGUAGAAAGAUCACCUGUUGCAACCAAAGGUAAGCCAGCCAAUUAAAAUCUUUGAGAAUAAUCUACUUAAAAUAAUGACCAGUAAUUAUUAUUGUUAGUGUUUGAAUUCUGAUUAUUUCUUGUCAAUAAUUUAUUGUGGAAAAUUUUUAUCCGGCAAUAUUUGAUGGAAUAAACCAGACUACAAAUCGCAAAAAAAAAAUUGAAUUUAUCAGUCUGCAACCCAACAAACAAAAAUUAAAUCCUUCACCAGUACUAUAGUAUAGGUACUUGAUAGCCUGCUUAGGCAGUACAAAGUACUUUCACUAUACAGCAGGAUUUAUUUACUAACCUAACCUCUCGGUACGGCGAGUGCACUCAACUUUAUCGCGUUCCUGUCGUAAAAACGCGUAAUCAAAUAUGAUACAGUUUUACGUGCUAAAACAAUAUGUUUAAAAUUAUUUAUGAUAAUAAUAAUUUACGUUAGUCAGUUAUAAUAAUGUUUCGAUGGCAAAAACGGUACAGGUACGAACCUUUAGGUUCGAACCAUUCUCCAGCAUUUGGCGUACGCCAUUUCCAAAUGUUCAUCUUAUUUAUCCUAAUAUUUCUCGCAUAUGGUGUUAGAGUAAUCCUUUCGGUAGCUAUUGUAGCUAUGACAGAUCCCAAAGCGAGCAGCAACCCAAAUGUACCUACUUAUCCAGAUUGGCACGACAAAAGUAUAAUCCUAUCAGCUUUCUUUUGGGGCUACGUGCUGCCACAAGUUAUAGCGGGUUGGUUGGCAGGUCGUUACGGGUUCAAAUGGUUCCUCAUAGCUCCAAUGUCAAUUUGUGGCUGCCUGUGCAUAUUUCUACCUUUCAUGGCAGCAUGGUUCGGCUCCAAAGGUGUCAUGAUCAAUAGGGCACUGCAAGGACUUUGCCAAGGGUUCCUGUUCCCUAGCACUCAUCAUUCGUUGAGUCAAUGGGUUCCACCAGAUGAGAGAUCAAGACUGGGAACUAUAGUUUAUGCUGCCGGACCAUUUGGAACAGUCGUAGGCAUGCUUGUAACAGGCGUAUUUUCGGCAAGUAAUUUCGGAUGGCCUCUAGUAUUCUACCUCUACGGUGUCUUGUCAUUAGUUUGGGCAAUUUUUGCCCUGAUGUUUAUGAACAACAGUCCAGCUGAUCAUCCGAGUAUAACUGAAGCAGAAAAAUAUUACAUAGAGCACAGUUUGGGCCAUACCGAGGAAAAAACAGUACACAGUACUCCGUGGAAGUCUAUUUGGACCUCGUUGCCCGUAUGGGCGAUACUGAUUAGCCAUUGUGGACAAAAUUGGGGCUUCUGGACUCUGAUGACUGAGAUUCCGAAUUAUAUGGGACACGUUAUGAGUUUUAAUAUUAAAUCAAAUAGUGUCCUUUCUGCUCUACCUUACUUUGCACUGUGGGUUCUUAGUUUUUUCAUGAGCUUCAGUUCAGAUUCUCUCAUAAAUCGACGUAUUUUGAGCAGAGGAAAUUCUAGGAAACUCUUCAAUAGCAUAGGCCUAAUUAUUCCAGCAAUAGCUCUAAUAUUCUUAGGAGUAACACCAGCAGAUGCUCCAAAACGUGCUGUAGCAUUACUAGUCAUAGCUGUAGGCUUCAAUUCAGCUAUCUACUGUGGUUUCAACGUGAACCACGUAGACAUAUCUCCAAACCACGCUGGUAUACUUAUGGGAAUCACCAAUGGGAUCUCAAAUAUUUUCGGUAUAGUAGCACCAUUGUUGGUCCAGUAUUUGGUACCCGACGAAAACAAUCCGGACCAGUGGAAAAUUAUAUUUUUCAUUGCGUCUGGAAUUUAUGUGGCAACCGAUUUGUUUUAUGUGCUUUUUGGGUCUGGGGAAGUGCAGAAGUGGAACGAGAAUCCAGCAGCUAGAAAAAAUGUCUUUAUGGAAAGCACCAAAGAAACAGAAAUCCGUAUUAGAGGAUACGACGUAAAUAAUAAAGGGCCAAAAUUUGGUGCACGUCACGUGCAAAUAGGCCUGAUUUUUCUGAGUCUCACUAUCGGCGUAGCAAUGAGGACCGGUCUUUCCAUUGCUAUAGUUGCUAUGACUGAUAAUACAACUUCUCCAAAUCCUGAAAUACCUACUUAUGACUGGGACAACAACAGCUUAAACCAAGGAUUUCUAUUCCCUUCAGCUCACACGUUGAUAGGCAAAUGGGCACCAGCUGAAGAAAUAUCAACUUUAGGAAUUAUCGUUUAUUCGGGUAUAAGCUGUGGUGCUAUACUUUCAUCUAUAGUCGUUGGUUAUACAUCUUCAUCGUGGGUAGGCUGGCCGAUUUCGUUUUACAUUUUUGGAGGACUAGGUAUCGGUUGGUGCGUUUUAUAUUUGAUAUUCGGCCAUAGUAGUCCUGCUGUUCAUCCUUCGAUUACUCCGGAGGAACGUCGGUAUAUUGAAGCGUCUUUGGGAGAAACAACUGAGAAUGCUGAACUUCCUGUACCUUGGUGGUCAAUAUUCACGUCGAUUCACUUAUGGGCUAUCGUUGUUGCGAAUAUUGGUGGAUCUUGGGGAUAUGCCAUGCUGAUGACUCAAACUCCAACGUAUUUGGCCAAAGUUUUGAAAUUUGAUAUCAGAGCGAAUGGUUUAAUAUCUGCAAUUCCACCCAUGGUAGGAACAAUAACAGGACUCAUUUUUGCACCCAUUUCCGAUUAUUUGAUUAGUAAGAGUUACAUUUCGCGGGUCAAUGCAAGACGAAUGUUCCAAGUGUGUGGAGCGUACGUUCUUGUGAUAUGCCUAUUCCUUCUAGCCUAUUGUGCUUCCACUAAAAUUAUAGCGGUUUUUCUUCUUACAAUCUCGCAUGCCGCAUAUUCUUCAACUCUCUGCGGUUAUGCGGUAAACCAUGUGGACUUGUCGCCCAGAUUUUCUGGAAUUAUGCAAGGAUUUACAAAUUCCACUAGUCAACUGAUUGCAAUAUUUUCGCCGUUGUUAGUACAAUUUGUCGUCGAAGACAAAACCGAUGCCUCGCAAUGGCGAAUAGUCUUCAUAGUGUCCGCAGCAUUUUAUUUUUUCAGCUCAACAUUUUAUGUAAUUUUUGCCUCAGCGACUAGACAGAAAUGGGACGGUCUAUCCACUGUGUCGGCUGAUAAAAUGGAAAGGAUAAAGAAGCACUCUGUUAUAAGUGUGUCUGCGUAUUAAAUAUUGAUCUGAUAUUAUUUUAGUUGAAUGAUUACGUUAUCAUUCAUUUUGUUUGUGAAUAUGGUUAUUGUCUCUAAGUAUUGAAAUAAUAUUAGGAAAAAAUUUCAUUUUGUAUCAAACCAUUUAUUUAGAAUUUGAAUGUACAAACUAUGUAGCUUAUCAUUAGCUCCCUGGGGAGAAAAUUAUACAGUGUUUUCAUUUUUAAA